GAGCGUGCGACGACAAUAACACAACGGAGGAAGAAGAGGAAAAAAAACCCCGCAAAAAACAACAACAACCACGAAAUAAUUAAAAGGCUGUCGACGGCGCUGCUCCUCUGCACCGAGACUCCUCCGAAUAACUCGAGGUUUUUGUGAUUUGUCUUGUGGAUAGAGUUUCUCCAGCAUCCUCUCUACUGGUUUGGCCUGGAUCAAUGGUGUCUCUUAGCAGCAGAACGCUGAGUUUGGAAAAUGACCUGUUCAGGGACAGCAGCAGCAGCAGCAGCAGCAUCCUGUUCUCCCUCGGCCUGGGAGACGGAGCCUGCAGCGAGGGAGGCAGUUCAGCCUCCUGUGACAGCCCUGAGGCUGGAGAGUUAGGGGCUAUGCACAGCUCCAGCCCUGGAGAGGAGGAAGAUGAGGAGGAGGAAGAAGACGAAGAUGAAGGGGCGCCUCUGCAUAUUUUUUUUGGUGAAGCAGAGGAACCUGCAAGUCAGGAGCCCAAGCUGCCAGAAUUCUCCUUCACUCCCCCUUCCCCGUUCUCCCCGACCCUGGAGGACAUAGAGGAGUUCUUGAGGGAAAAGAUGGAACCAGGUAAAGAGGAGCAGCUGGCCCUGAAAGAGGAGGCUUCCCCUCUACCAUGUAGCUCCAGUGACUCUUCAUCCACCCCUGCAGUCCCGGUCUCCUCCUCAGAGUCUUGCAGUGACUCAGGGACUAGUGCUUCCGGCUGCACUUCAAACUCAAACACCCACCAGGAUGAGCAGAACAGUCCCACCCCAGCUGAUGCUUCCCCUUCUGCCCAAGUAAACCCCUCACCGUCCACCGUAACCCCACCGAUGCUCUUGGGUGCUCCUCUGGUCCUCCAGCUCCAGCCCCUACCUCUGGCUCAGCCUCAGACCCCAGCAGGGUCUCCUCCCGUUGCUCCAAAUGGCAUUUGGCUCACUCAUGUGGUCAUGGGGCUCCAGGGUGCAACAGGACAAAAUCUCACCCUGCUGACCCCCCAGGUGACCUCCACCACCACCACUUUGGUGUCUCUGAACAGUGGAGAUAAAUCAGCUGACCAGAAGUAUGUCAAGAUCGCCCCUCUGCCCAUCACCAUGAGGACUCUAGAGAUUACGGGCGUGACUGGGGUUGGGGGACAGGGCAUCGGUUUGUUGAAGGCCGUGGCUCCCAGGGUGACCAGAGUGCCACCCACAGAGAGGGUCCAUAAGUGCUCCCAUCCAGGCUGCGGGAAGAUGUACACCAAAAGCAGCCACCUGAAAGCUCACUUCCGCCGGCAUACGGGAGAGAAACCCUACACGUGUAGCUGGCCUGAGUGUGGCUGGAGGUUCUCCCGAUCCGACGAACUGUCCCGUCACCGCCGCUCCCACUCCGGUAUCAAGCCCUACGAGUGCUCACUGUGUGAGAAGAAGUUUGCCCGCAGUGACCACUUAUCCAAACACACAAAGGUCCACCGCAGCUCCAGGCCCAGCAGGAUUAUCAGAUCGACCGUGUGACACCUUUCAACUUGGCCUAGAUAACUGGUCUCCCUCAGGACUUUUGGUGCUUUACGAGCAGAACUUUUCCGAAGAAUCUUGAGAGCUGGCUACUGUCUCUCCCUUGUAAUAUUCUGUCCUUUCUCUCGUCCCAGCUCUUUACCUUUUCACUGUCUCUCCCUGUGAGCAGCUCAUCAUAGCACUACACUUAGCUCAGGAAAAAAACUCAGCUGAAAGUGGAUUUCCCGGGCCUUCAUACACACAUAUACACACACAUGUCAAAUCACACAACAGGAGACAGUCUUACAGAGACCCCUCUUGCAGCCACUGCUUGUGCUUCUGUUCCUGUUACAAGCUACCAGGUGCUGUGGGAAGUAGGGUGGUAACCAGUAACCGGAGCCUCUCUAAUUUAUAAUCUCCCCUCUUCUUCAAAGCCAAACUUCAGGGUCCACAUGCAUAAAGCUUCCCAAUGUUUUCGUACGUUGUCUAAGUAUGAAUUUACUGUGUUUUGUUUAGCGUACAUUUGGGUCACAUUUAUGCCAUGUGUUCUAAUCAUAAGGCUUGCGAAGGACAUGUUCACGUGGCCGAGCGUGACAGCCGUGUCCGUAGAGUGAAAUUCAGAUUAAAGCAGCAGAAGUCUCUAAAGAGUUUUAGAGCCCAAUAUGAAUGACGCCAGACUAAAACUUUGUGGCUUCUGCUCACAAUUUGUCCAAGCUGCGGAAAAAACUUAGAAUCUUCCGAUGUUUUAUGCAUCCAACCCUGGCCUUUAUUGCAUUCGUCCAAUCAUAAUCCACCCUAGUCUUGACCCGUUUGCCUUUUUCUUUGUCCCAGUACGCCGUAAUCUCCAUCGAUGCCUUUUGUCCGUGUCACAAAACUUCACUUGAUCCUACUGUUGUACUGUUAUCAUAUGACUGCUCUUAUUUAACUGUGAUUCUGAACCAGGGGGGGUUGCCAAACCAGAAUUCCCUGUUCCAGCCCUGUGAGAGCAUGAAAACGACACCCUCGGUGCGUGACAGUUAUAAGCUCUUUGUUGUCUGAAAAACUCUUGAAAUCAUUGUGCAGCCCGACUUAUGUGGCCUAGUAACUACUCGGCCUAUAUGCUAUACUUUGGCUCAGUGGUGCAAGAGUGAGAUAUCGCUCUUUUCUUAUUUACACUAGCGGUUACCUUUUUCUCUGUUGGUUGUAGCAGCAAAAAAAGCUAAUAGUCUAAAUAGCUGGAAAGGCAGCUAACAUCUAUUCAAUCAUCUGUAUAAGCAUACUCAAUAUAAUGUGUACUGAACAUAAAGGACAAAGAUAACACGUGUACAGCCUGUAGCCUUUAUAUAGAUGUGUUUUUUUUAAUCAAAGGAUUUUCAAUCAGUGCAUUAAGCUAUUCAGUCGUGUUUGUGGAGAGGUUUUUUCAGUCCGAUGUGUGAGUUUGAUUGUAGCGUAAUCAAUCUGUGGAAUGUCAGACUGAUUAUGGUCUGGGAUUUGGAGUCCCAUUCUACCCAUUUACAAACCAUUAAGCUGAGUCUGCUGGUCUCAAGUGCACUUGUGUUAGUGGAAAGUGGAAACUGUCAUUGUGCUCUUAUGGCAGUUCUAUAAAAAUGUAUCCAAACCAUAAAAUGGCAACAAAAAAAAGGGGUAUUUUAUAAGGAAGGCUAAACUGCACUGCGCAGUUCAGUCACUGUUGUCAUGUGUUCUUUGAUCUGAACCCUUUGGUGCUUGUUAACCUUCCAGUGCUUCACACAAAGAGACUGUAUAACUGAAAGCAUGAAGCUUCAUAUAACUGGAUUGUCUGAAGACACUUACUACUACAAACCGUAGGCUACUGGCAAUCUUAACUUAGCUCAAGCCACAUUGGUGCUUUUCUUUUUGGAUAAACUCAAAACUAGAGCACUUGAGCAUGUAGCAGUGCACAGUCAUUUUUACACAGCAAUCAUCUUCAUAUCUUUUUUUUUUUUAAUCUUACAGAUACAAUAGCUUUCUUUUUUUUUUUUAAACAAUCAUGCUUAGUAAUGUAGAAUGCCGUUUAAAGCAGACAGACGGGCAGACGUGUUUAUCUGUCUGAACCAGUGCUGUCUUUGUGUCUAAGCCUCCCCAGGCUGCUCCUACUGACCUACAUCCAGAUCUGUAUUCCCUAAUCAUCAUCCAGUUCUCUCUCUAUCUGUUUCUCUCUGAGUCCUGCUUGUGUAUCUGUUUGAACACAGGCUGUUUUGUUUUUUUUUUAAUACCAGAAAUGCUAUUUUCCUAUUUGCAAAAAUAAAAA